AUGUCGCGCCGCGGCCGCGGCCGCGGCGAGGAGGACGAUUCGUCGGAAGAGGAGGCGGCGGAGACCUACGAUUCGGACGAGGAGGAGGAGCGCGGCGGCAAGCGGCCGCGGAGGGGCCGGCGGUCGGGCGUCGAGAGCUUCAUCGACGACGCGGCCAGCGAGGACGACGACGAGGAUGAGGAGGGUGUGGAUGAGGAUGACGACGACGACGAGGACUACGCUGGCGGCGGCGGCGGCGGCGGAAAGGGAAGCAAGAGGAUGAAGCGGGCGUCCAUCCUCAUCGACGACAUGGCGCAGGUCGACGACGACGUCGAGGAGGACGAGGAAGGGGAGUACGAGCCCGGCUUUAUUGAUGACGAUCUGCCCGACAAUCCUGACGAGGGUGUGAGGAACCCUAGGCGCCAUUCUGUUCCUAUGGAGGAGGAGGAAGAAGAUGACACGGAUAAGAUUUUACAGCACCUAGUAUAUAAAUAUGGAAGGCAGCCACAGUUUGAUUAUGCUGACGAGGUUUUCACCGAGGUUGAUCAGCAAGCUCUCCUGCCAUCAGUGAAGGAUCCAAAGCUUUGGAUGGUCAAAUGUGCGAUUGGACAUGAGCGAGAGACAGCCCUUUGUCUAAUGCAAAAAUUCAUUGAUAGGGACGAUCUCCAGAUUAAAUCUGUGAUUGCACUGGAACACCUAAAGAAUUACAUUUAUGUUGAAGCAGAGAAAGAAUCCCAUGUCAAGGAGGCUUGCAAAGGUCUGCGGAACAUCUUUGCUUCAGCAAAAAUCACUCAGGUUCCUACAAAAGAAAUGACUGAUGUUCUCUCUGUCACGACUAAGUCUGUUGAUCUUUCAAGAGAUGCAUGGGUCCGGAUCAAGCUUGGUAUAUAUAAAGGGGAUCUUGCUAAGGUUGUUGAUGUUGAUGAUGUGAACCAAAAGGCUAUUGUGAAGGUCAUUCCUAGAAUAGAUUUACAAGCUCUGACAGAUAAAUUGACAAAGAAACUGAAUGGACUUAAGGUUGAGAAGAAGAAGAAGUCAUUUGUUCCACCUCCAAGGUUAUUCAGUGUCGGUGAGGCGAGGGAGAUGAACAUUCCUGUAGAACGGAGGAGACAUAGAGAUUCUGGGGAGUACUUUGAGGUGGUUGAUGGUUUAACAUUUGAAGAUGGUUUUUUGCGCAAAACAGUCUCGAUAAAAGCAAUCAGCACACAUAAUGUCCAGCCAUCACUUGAUGAAUUGGAGAAAUUCAGGAGAGUUGGUGAUGACAUUAAUGAGGAUGUGGCUAGCUUGUCCACACUAUUUUCAAACAGGAAAAAAGGGCAUUUCAUGAAAGGCGAUGCUGUAGUUGUUGUUAAAGGUGAUCUCAAGAACUUAGAGGGCUGUGUGGAGAAAGUUGAGGAUGCUACCGUACACAUCCGACCAAAACAGUCUGGUCUUCCGAAAACUCUUGCCUUCAAUGCAACAGAUCUUUGCAAACAUUUCAAUCCAGGAGACCAUGUAAAAGUUGUUUCCGGUGCUCAACAAGGUGCGACAGGCAUGGUAGUCAAAGUGGAAGGACAUGUCUUGAUCAUUUUAUCCGACACGACCAAAGAGCAUAUCCGUGUAUUUGCAGAUCAUCUUGUGGAGAGUUCUGAGGUCACGACGGGGAUUACCAAAUUUGGUGAUUAUGAAUUGCAUGAUCUUGUCCUUCUUGACAAUUUAUCUUUUGGUGUUAUUUUAAAGGUUCUCAAAGGAGUGCCUGAUAGACAAGAAGUGGUGCUCGUGAAAUUGAGAGAAAUAAAAUACAAGAUUGAUCGGCGCACAUCUGCAAAAGAUAGGCCCGGUAACACUGUGUCAACUAAGGAUAUUGUAAGGGUAGUCGAAGGGACGUGUAAGGGAAAGCAAGGACCUGUGCAACAUAUACACAAAGGGAUACUUUUUAUCUAUGACCGCCACCACCUUGAAAAUUCAGGUUUUAUCUGUGCAAAAGCACAAUCUUGUCUCCUUGUUGGGGGAUCAAUUGCCACCAGCACAGGGAUGGGCAUGGAUACAGAAGAUCCACGUCUUGGUGCUUUUAGAUCUCCAGCAAGGAUCUUGCAAUCUCCUGGAGGGCUCCCACCGAGAGGACCUUACAUGAAUUCUGGUGGAAGGUUUGGAGGAGGUGGUCGUGGUGGCAGAGGGCAUAAUGCCUUGGUGAGUAGAUGUAUCAAAAUUAAAUCUGGUCCAUACAAAGGAUAUCGUGGCCGUGUUAAAGAAGUGAAUGGUGCCCUUGUGCGUGUGGAGCUUGAUUCACUUAUGAAGAUUGUUACAGUUAAGAGAGAUGAUAUCGCUGAACCAGCAAAUGUUGAAACACCAGUCCGGUAAAUUUCUGUCUGAUCAAUCAUAUUUUUAACCAGCUGUUUGGUACCAUUUGCUCAUUUACUGACCAUUUGUAUUAGCAGUGAAUCUCGUUAUUCAUUGGGCAGUGAAACACCUAUGCACCCAUCACGAACGCCAAUGUAUCCUAUUCAAACUCCAAUGCGAGAACCUGGAGCUACACCAAUGCGUGAUGUACUGCAAACUCCUAUGCAUAAUCAAGCCUGGGCACCAAUGAGUCCACGUAACGAAGCCUGGGCACCAAUGAGUCCACGUAAUGAAUCUUGGGCACCAAUGAGUCCACCAAGGGAUAACCAGGAAGAUGGAAAUUCUGGCACUUGGGGUACUUGGGGAAUCAGUCCAGCUUACCAGCCAGGAACUCCUGUAGUUAGGCCAUUCGAAGCCCCUACUCCUGGAUCAGGAUGGGAAAGUGCCCCUGGAAAUGGUUUUGGUGAUGCUGCAUUCAAUGCUCCAACACCUACUGCUCAACCAAUGACCCCAAUUCCCGCCUCGUAUCAGCCCCAAACCCCUGGUGGGCAACCAAUGACUCCGGGCAAUGCUGGAAUGGAUAUAAUGUCUCCAGCUAUAGGUGAUGAGGGCGGUAGCAGCUGGCUCUUGCCAGAUGUUAUGGUCAAUGUGUCCAGAGGAGAUGGUCCCACCAGUGGUGUAGUGAAGGAAGUUCUCCCGGAUGGAUCUUGCCGUGUUGCACUUGGGCCAUCAGGCAAUGGGGAUGACGUAACAGCUCUCCCAGACGAGCUUGAGAUCAUCAGGCCGAAGAAGAAUGACAGGCUCAAGAUCAUGAAUGGCUCCUUACGUGGAGUUAUAGGAAAACUGAUAGGAGUUGAUGGGUCUGAUGGGAUUGUCAGGGUGGAAGGCUCGCUUGAGGUGAAAAUAGUAGACUUGGUGAUUUUGGGCAAACUAGCAAUUUGAGAUAGCUCUGCAGUUGAGAUCAGUUAACGUCCACAUAUCUAACCUGUUAGGUAUUUAUCUGAG